AUGUCUAUAAGAAAAGGUCCAUUCCGACUCGUCACCGUCAACACGGCGCCAGAGCGCGCAAAGCGCCUCAUCGGACGCUUGAUCACCGAGCUGCAAGAUGACUAUGAGAUUAUCCACGUGGAUAACUGUUCGAGCAUCGAUGAGGUUGUUCCGAAAGUAACAGAGCACAAGCCGAAUGUGUUGUUCUCGGCUUCUAUGUGGUCUCCCGAGGAGGCGGAGAAGAUCCACUCGUUGGCGAAGUCUAUUGUGCCUGAUAUUAAGCUUCAUGCUAUUCCAACUGGACUGCAGGUUGAGAGGGGACCGGAUGCUAUUGUUGAGUACCUCGUUGAGAAGGUUCCUCCUCUGCUGGAUAGCUAG